AUGGGAUCUCCUUCCACACCUGCCUCCCCAUCAGUAUCGGACGAAGAUAUCUGGGCUCCGUUGCGCAAGGACAUUGAGUCUCGUGUCGAAGUCGUACAGCAGCUCGCUAUCGCUACCCGCCUCUCCCAGGCUACCAUUCCGAUCAGCGAGAGUACGCUCACAUGCACGCCGAUUGCUCCGCCACAGUGUGGAAGCUACAACGCCGUCUACGAGCUGCGUUUCUCUGACGGCGUUCGAUGGGCUCUUCGCGUUCCUCAGCGAAUGUGGUCAGCAUCCCGCACUCGCGCGAUGCAACUGGAUAUCCUUGCUCAAACAUACAUCUCCUCGCAUACUGGGAUACCUAUACCAAAGAUACACGCAUACUCUUGCGACAGGGAUAAUGUUCUGGGAUACCCGUACAUCGUUAUGGACUUUGUCCCAGCGAAGCGACUGGUCAGCGUCUGGAACGACGCAUCGUGGUGGACAGGCUCGCGCUCUCGCGAUCGCGUAUUAGAGCAGAUGGCGUCUCAUAUGGUUGACAUGGCCCGUUUGAAGUUUGACACUAUCGGCCGUCUGGACUAUAUCGAUGCAUCUCAGCCCGACAAGGGCGUGCACGUCGUCCCUUUUCACGAGCACCCUGAUUGGGAAGAACACGACUUCAUUGAACCCCCACCCGGACUCGCGGCAUGGCAGGCAGAGCGUGCUCAUCUCGAGUUCGGACCUUUCACAUCCACAUAUGCGUGGCUGCGCGCGAUGUUGGAAGAGCGUCGGCGGUUUGACAAGGGGAAGGACCUCGUUGUGCUGCAGCUUCUACUCGGCGUCGUCCCUGAGACGACGUACGACGGGGGUCCGUUCGUAUUCGUGCAUGGCAACCUCGACAGUCAAAAUGUCCUUGUCGAUGACGAAGGAAACAUCGCAGCCAUCAUCGACUGGGACGAUACGUUCGUCGGGCCGCGUCAAUUAGGCGCCCUCGGUUAUCCUCCUUGGCUGACUGUCGAUUGGGACCCGACAUUCCACGGGUGGAAUGUCAAUGCUGAUGCGGAGCACAAUUCACGACAUGAUUCGCCAGAAGAGCUUAUUCGCCUUCGAAAGGUCUAUCUGGAUGCCGUCGACGCUGCGUCCGGCGGAACGCUUACGGGCCCUGUGAGGAACUCCCACAUCGCGAGUUCGGUGUACUGCGCUAUCACCUCUCCCGAAUCGACUCCAAUGGCGAUGCUGCGUUUAUCGCAAUAUAUCUUUGGGAGGAGCUAUGCAUGUUUGACGAUUGAAGAUGAACUGCAUUCUUCGUCUGCGUGGUUGAAUGCGAAGGAAACAGAUACCGCUGAAUGCCUCGAUUUCUAUCAGCCUUCGGCUUCACGCAUUGAUAGUUCCUCGGAAGCAGGCGGCAGCGGUACCGGUAGUGAUGACACGAGUGAGGAUGAGACAGGGACGAGUUGGGCCACCGAACGAGGCGAAGAUACAGCGGCGCUGCCUGCCUGA